UAAACAAAUAUGCGCUGGCUAUGUUUUAAGUCAGUAAAAAAAAAACCGCGGGCGUCAUCAUUAUCGUGCGGGAAUUGAAGAAAUUGUGUUGACCACCGCUUUAGAAAACAGAUUCUUACAUCUUAAUUACAUACUUUUUUAUUGUAAUUCAUUCAAGUUGUAGAUAAGAUGUUGAUUAUUCCUGCUUUUUUUAAACCAGGAGACAGUUAUAAGACUAUUACACAUGGACUUGUGAAAACCCCAGAUUUUGUUGUUGUUCAGUUAAAAAUGGACAAUGGCUAUAUGUCCGAGGCAGCAGGUGUGACAUUUAAUUCACAAGUCUUUAAUCAUCAAACUAUCUGCGGGACUGUUUUUGCAUUUAAUGACAAAAAAAUCCGUCUUUGGUCUAUGUCCGAUUAUUUGGCUUGUGCAUUCGAUGGAUGGGGAGCAGAGAGCUUUAAAGACGUCACUGCUAGCUUGUAUAUCCAGGCCUGGACACUGGACUCCUGUAAUAAGCAUUUCUCAACACAAUUUACACUGGAUAAGAGCGACACAAACACUGUCGAGCGAGUAAGCCUGGAUUCGGUGUAUAGUUUAGAUUCAGCGUUCGUUUCUGUUCUGAUAAAAGUAUUAUCUCCAAACAACGAGGGAUUCAUGUUUCACGCUGGCAGUAGCGCCAUGAUUGAUACCUCUAAUGACUCAUAUGGAGCUAUAAUAUACGGAUACAAUGAGACAGAGGUUAUGUUCUGGAGACCAUCCCCGACAAAUACAAAUGGACAUUUGGUUUACGUGGGUGAAAAAUGGGGUGACGGGCAAAGUAAUCAAGAAAGUGACGUUGUUGAAGUCAUCGUUAAAGUUAUUGACAUUACAGGCACGCCUUGUAAUGUUACAGAAUUGUGCUCCCCUGAUUGUUCAAAGACUAGAUGCAUUUCUACAGAUUGUCCUAUCCCUCCUGACAUUGACAAUGCUUAUAAAUUAUCUGAAGGAGUGACUAAUGGUAGUAAGACGUUGUACUCUUGUAAACCUGGAUACACUGAAAGUUCAGAUGACGUCAUGAUUAACUGUGUAGAGGGUGCAUGGUCUUUUACUUCAAUGUUCUGUAGAGUUGUUUGCUCCACACCUCCUGCAGUUGAAAGUACAGCAGUUUUUGUUCAGAACAAUAGAGCAAAAUAUCACUGCUUAAAGGGAUAUUUCGCUAUGAAAAAUACAGUUGACGUCAUCGAGUGCAGAAACAGUACCUGGCCGUCCACUGACUUUAAAUGUAUAAAAUCUUGUCCUGAUCCACCGUCCAUUGCUAACGCUGAUGUCAUGGUCUCUGAGAAUGUUGCUUUAUAUUCUUGUCGUCAGGGUUUUCGUCCAAAAUCUGGAACCAACUCAAUAAGCUGCUUACAAUCUGAUUGGCAGAAAACAAACUUCACCUGCUAUGCGUCAUUAUGCGGCUCAGUUCCUAACAUAACAAAUGCUGAUUAUCUAGUUGAGAAUGACGUAGCCAUGUAUGCAUGUCGCUAUGGAUACAGACCAACAAAUGCUGAAAAUAAAAUAGCAUGUAUGUCUGGAAAGUGGACCAAUACCAGUUUGCAGUGUCAAGAUACAACAAAGGGACUCAGAAGCUAUAUCACCAAUGAUAUGCUUGCAGAAUGGAUAAAAGAGAUGAAGAAGAAUUUAUCUGUACAUAAAUCAAAUACCAGUGCCUAUAACAGAAGCUUGAUCAGUGUUUACGAAUCUCGCCCCAGCGCCGUACAGAUAGGAAGUGUUGGGGUCUUUCUAAUAAGUUUUACUAUAAUAGUUUUAAUAUUACCGGAUAUAGUUGCUGUUGUCAACAACUUGUGUAAUAACAUAAAUAAGAAUUUUUGUCAUCGUCGGAGAGGGAGAGAUGAAAAAUAAUUAAAAUACUGUGAAAUUACUUAUUUUCAUUGGGGGUUAAUUUUCGUGGUUUCAAUUGUGUGAAGGAGCCAGUGAAUUUAUAUUCACCACAAAAUGCAGUUUUACAAAUAUAUCAAUAAUGAACAAUUCUUCAACCAAGGAUUUAAUUCCCCAUGAACCAAUUUACUUUUUUUUUCCAAACCACGAAAAAUUGGCUCCUCGAAAAUAUGUGAUUUUACAGUAUAUUAUAUAUUUUGUUAUAAAUGUGUUUAGACAACACCUGAUGCGCUUUGCUAAUCAGAUGGCAAUCCAGAAAAUGUAAUAUGAGAAAAUUUACUAUGGAAUGUUGAUUGUUAUGAUACAUGUACUGUUUUUCCAUGUACAAUUUUAAAAGCAUUUCAUUUGAAUGACCUCUUUAUUGUGAAUGAGAGCGAUGUUUAAC